AUGUCAUCGGAAGACGAGAAGAUAACAUCCGCGUUGGCCAGUCUAGACAUUGGCAUGACCGCGCAGGAGUCGACAGUUGACUCGGACAGCGUUCCAGCCGACGAACAUGCCAACCAAAACAAGACUUAUCGAAACCAGCCCUCAAAACCUAAGGGGAACGAAGAGACCGAGGAUGGCGGCAUUGGUUCUGGCAUUGGCUUGGACGAACCAGUGUCUGAUGAUGAUGAUGACGACCACGAGCGCUACAUUGUUGAUGACGAUGAAAGCGUUCACCUUGCUCUUAACCUAAAACGCCACGACUGGGAGACUCUUCGACAAAUUCCAGACGACAAGUUCAAGGAUAUUGUCCUGCUAUCCGUGGAUCCCAGCGGCCAGCUUGAGCGUGCAGAUGUCGAAAUUCUCUCGCGCUACGAGGGCGAAAUGAACCUCGUUGUGACGCUUCAAGUCCGCCACAAAGAUCAGGGUGAUCAAGACUACGUCGUAUCGGUGCCAUCCGUGGGCACGCAACCUCGCUGGCGAGCGGGAGACGCCCACAAUCUGAGAAAUGAAAUUGGUCUUAUGAAGUACCUCUUUCAGCACACGGAUGUUCCGGCCCCAGAGGUCAUCGCAUCAGCAGAGUCUGUAGAGGGAUCCAACCUAGGUGCGCCUUACAUACUUAUGAAGCGUUUACCUGGCCGUCGUGCGCAUGAGAUUUGGUUUGAAGAUGCCUCGGACAUGAGCCACAUUACCGCAGUCCGUAUCUCAAAGGAAACUGAGGUAAAGCGUGUGAACCUAUUGCGUUCACUUGCCAAGGCUAUGGCAGGGCUACAAAAGGUUGAGUUCAAGGGCAUUGGCAUUCCUGCGUUUACGGACGGGGAGAGCAGUGAGACGCAUGAUGUUGAUUAUGUAUCUCGCUGGAAGGAUGAAUCCGACCUCACGCAUGAAGACCUGGAGUCUGACACUCAGGUCUACCAGUACGGACCAUUCGCGUCAAGUAUCGAGUACUUGACUCCUAACUUCAAGACUAUUUGGCCGCCCCUAGAUUCGGAGGAACUGGAUACCUUGGGUCCGAACACCCGUCUUAGAGCGCUAGGCUACCGGAAAGUGCUCGACAUCAUCUUUUCGCAUCCCGUCAUCAGGACCUCCAAAGCGUCUAACGCCGAGGCUAGCGAGGAAGAAACCUUUGUCCUGGGGAAUGAUCUCUCCCUCCAUAAUAUUCUCGCCGACGAUGAUGGCAAUGUUACAGGCAUUUUAGACUGGAGUGUCUUCACAAGUCCACGUUUCGUGGGUUACGCCUCACUUCCCUUUUUUCUCCGCCAUGAUUGGCACACUUGCUUUACUCUGCACGACUACCCAUGCAUGGGAUACCAACUGGACCACUAUCGUCAAGUCUAUACCAAGGCUAUGGAGGAGACCGGAUGUGCCGAAGCACGCUUCACCGCUAAGUCAGGCAUGUACCACGCGAUCGUAGAAGUACUGACCAGUUCAAUGUCUGCCCCCGAGCUUAUCAAGAAGAUUAUGCUUGAGAUACCAGAACUGCGUCGCACAGACCUCAAUGAGUUCAACAUGCUCCUGGGGCGAGACGACUGGCCCGAGGCUGAAGAGUGGUUGGCGGGGAAGAUUGGAGAGCUUCUGGAUAGCAAGCCCCUGUCACGCUGA